CAAUAAAAGAUGAUUACAUCACAGAGCACUUAUGAUAUGUCACAUCACCAAGGUAACUGGAGGGAUGGAGAUAAACAAAGGGCGGAGCCUGGGGAGAUCAUUUCUGAAAAGAAAAAGAUGAGUGAUAAAGUAGAGAACAAGGAAUACAAGAUGAAAGCAUGUGAUAGAUCUAUUGUGAAUUGACUGUAUGUUCAUCAAAUGAAAGAACAAAUGGAGCAAUUUCAAAAUCAGAAGAAGCAAAGCAAUAAAGAAGUACUGCAUUUUCUGGUGAUAAACUAAGAAGAAGAAGCAAAUAUGAACACAUGUGAUACUUGAAGAAGAGAAAAUUAUUCUUGUGCAAGGAGCUUGAUAUCUUUUAAACUUCUCUGAAAAAAAUGAUGCAAAGAAGAGUCCAACAAUUAGAUUUAUUUUCUUGUCAAAUAGACAAAGGUGAAAAUGAAUUAGGGCUUUGUACUCGUAUCUUCUUUGAUCCAGCAGAUGAGGAUGAAAAGGAUCCAGGUGUUUUUAUUACUGAAAUUGCUGAAGGGGGUGCAGCCCACAAACUUGGAUGUAUCCAUUUAUUUGACCAGAUUAUUAAAAUAGGUGAAACCAAUCUAAUUGGAUUAGAUGAAGAAGAAAUCUUCUCUACUUUUAAAAAAAUGGAAAAUUGCGUUUUCCGGAUUGAAAUUGGACGAGAGCCACCUGAAGUCAAGACAGAACUCAUCAUACUCCUUGAAUUGUCAGAGGAAAGGAAGAAAUUUUUUACAGAUUCAGUCAUAGUUCAGGUAUGA